UUCAAAAAAAGAAACAGAAUAUAAUUGACUUCAUUUCCCUUCCCUUUGCUUUGUUUUAUUUAUGUUUUUUCCUGUUACAUUUUUUUUCUUCAACCAUUCACCCUAUAAUAUCUAAUUCUAGCAAUAAAAUAAAUUGAACUAAUCUCACAGCCAUCUUUCUUACUAUCAAGUUUUAUCUCCAUGUCUAAUAUAUCUCCAGAAGACAUUUAUCUAAAUUUUACUUCUCCAGAUUAUGGUGAAGUUUUUAUUCAAUUUAAAGAUCUCGACAGCUAUCUUGUUGAAGUUUCUACCAGUGCAAUAAUCUUUGGUGUAAGAUUUGGUGCAGCAUUUAUUGUCAUGGUUUUGUUAGCAUUAUUAAUGAAUAAAAAAAAAAGGGCUUCCCCAAUGUUUAUUCUCAACCAACUAGCAUUAUUGUUUUUAAUCGUUCAUACAUGUCUUUAUUACCAUUAUCUUCUUGGACGUUCUGCUAGUAUUACAACCAUUUUCUCUGGCGUUUAUAUUUAUAAUGCUACUGAUAUUAACAUGACAAUUGCAACAAACUCUAUUAAUAUUAUUUUAGUAACAAUCAUACAAGGCACUCUCUUAUAUCAAAUGUAUCUCAUUUAUUUGCAUGGAAAUAUUCUUCAUCAAAAAAAAUUAUACAAAAAUGUUGCAAAAGGGUUUUUUGCCCUUUCAAUCUUAACUGCUUUGACAGACGUUGCAUUUUAUUUAAAUGUCGUUAUUAAACGAGCUCUCCAUGUUAAAGGUAAAGGCCAUAUAAACCCUGAGUCAUGGGAAACAACUUUGCCUACCACUUUAUUCACUGUUUCUAUUGCUUUAAUGAGUUUGAUUUUAAUUUUAAAACUAGCUUAUCAAGUCAUGGAAAGAAAAAAAAAUGGUUUGAAACAAUUUUCAAUUUUCCAUAUUUUAACAAUCAUGUUAGGUCAAUCAAUGGUUAUUCCCAUUAUUCUUCAAAUUAUCGCAUUAGCAACUCCUAAUAGUAAUAAUCUCGGGUUAUCUGUUUUGCCCCAUAUUUCAAUUUUAAUUGUCACAAUAUGUUUGCCCCUAUCAAGUAUGUGGGCCACAUCAAUCCAUAAUAGAAACGAAAACCCAAGUUCUGUCGGUUGUUUUAAUGUCAAUAACUCAGCUUCUUCAGUGUUUACUGAUUCAACUGCACAGACCUUUGUCGACCAUAAUAAAGAAAAGGGCUCUGACCUUCAAAAUAAUAUGGAAAGUUUUGACGAAUUGAGAAAAAUAGAAACAUACAAUUCUCCACUUAAUAUUGAAACGCCAACUACACUAUUCGGAAUGGCUGAUAACAAUGACAUAGAAAACCAAUCAAUCAGAACAAAGCUGAUUCAUUCCAGUUCUUACAAGGUAAAUAUUAGCAACAAGAACUUGAGUCUGAGGAGUUUUGAUUUUAUUGCAAAGACAACCCAUAAAACAGGUAACAACUAUCCCUUUAAUCGAUGAGUACUCAUCUCUAUUCAACUUAUAAGAUGAUGUGUGUCAAUUGAAUCUUUCAAGCUCAUCUGUCCAUCUUUUUUUUUACUUCAAUGUGUUUGCUUGUAUGACUUCUUACCAUAAUGUGGAUGAUUAAUUUAUUAUCUCUUUUACUAUAUUUAUUUCUUGUUUUUACACGUGCAAUUUAUUUAUAAUUUAAUUAUUUUUUUCAGUGUCCAACUUUUAAUAAAAUGAGAUCUUUAAUCAUCUGUUUCCGGAGAUUUUUUUUCCGUCCAAACGAAGCGUAGUCUCCGGAAAUAUCGACCGG